AUGUGGAACAAUAUGCGAAGCUUCAGCCUGGAGGCCCACCGACCGAACUAUACCAGUCAAAGCUCCUUCAAGCGGACUCUCCUGCCAAUAACCGCCGUCCCAACAGAGCAGCUCCCUUUGCUCAAAGACCCGGUGUUAUCUACUUCCGACCGGUUCACCAGCAAAUACGGCCGCUGCCGCCAGAUCAUCCACUAUGGGGCAAAUAGCACCACACGUCUCCAUACAGAAAAAUCCCAAUCAACAGAACCCCAGCUCUGUGCAAUAAAAGUAUACCGACACCUGGAUCAGCCCUGUUCAUCCCAAACGUCUCUCCAUCCCACACACCCCAAUAUCCUCCCUAUUCUCGAUAUCCUCCGCAAUGACCGCUCAGAGCUCUGUCUCGUAACACCAUACUGCGCCGGGGGCGACCUGGGAACCUUCCUAUCCCGAACUCAACCCAUCCCAACCCUAGAAGCAGAUUGCAUCCUGACACAGAUCCUCCGAGCCCUGGCAUACCUCCACAAUCACGGCAUUGCACACCGUGAUAUCCGACUCGAAACAAUCCUGCUAACCGCCAACGGAGCCGUCAAGGUCGCAGGCUUCGGCGACGGACAUGUCCAGCGAAUCUGGGAAGAGUCCACUCCCUGCAAGGCUCCUGAAGGAACACGUCCGCGCUCUCAAUCCCAAUCAACGCCAUGGUCUAUAACACUGCCGUGGCCCCUGAAUUCACUAUCUCGACAUAUCGCCGCCUUCUCUUGCGUUUCUGCAAAAUCGCAGAAGGCGGAUUUCCGGGGCCUGGGCCUACCCUACAUUCCUCCAGAAGGAUUUUGUCAUUUCUCGAGUCAGAAUGAGGGAAAUGGUGAUUUGGACGUUGAUCCUCGUCCUGCUGAUGUCUGGGCUGCGGCGAUGGUGUACAUGGCUCUUGUUACGGGUCGGCUCCUGUGGCGGAGUGCUCGUCCGCAUUGCGAAGAUGGGCGAUACUUGCAUUAUUUGGAUUCGAGGCGUGAGAAGGAUGGAUAUUCACCUAUUGAGGCUUUGGGUAAAAGACGACGCGAGAUCAUCUAUGCGAUGCUUGACCCCCGGCCAAGGAAACGCAUUACGACUCCCAAUUUGAUGCAGUCCGAGUGGAUCAAGGGGGUGGAGGUCUGUGAGGCAGGGGAUAAAGGCUUGUAG